GCCUUAUUCAUGUAGUAGAGCUCGAUUCCAAAACACAACUGACACAACUCACAACUCCAGCUUGAUCCUGUGAAAAAUACUCAGAAUCAAGACCAGACACUGCCUAUUAAAGAGAAGAAUCAAGUUUUUAAUUUCAACCACAAUGAGAGAGAUCGUGCACCUACAAGUUGGCCAGUGUGGAAACAAGAUCGGAGCCAAGUUCUGGGAGGUGAUAAGUGAWGAACACMGCAUCGACCCAAGUGGGACUUACCAUGGAGACAGCCAAAAUCAGCUGGAGCGAAUCAACGUCUACUACAACGAGGCUACAGGUGGGAAGUAUGUCCCUCGUGCAGUGCUGGUGGACUUGGAGCCAGGAACAAUGGACUCUGUGAGGUCUAGUUCUUUUGGCCAGAUCUUUAGACCAGACAACUUUGUCUUUGGUGAGAAUUGA